AUGGCACUCAAGCGCGUCCGCCGCCGCGACCCAGACUCACCCGCUUCCUCUCCCGGCCCCGGCUCCGACGAGGGCAGCUACUUCGAGCUCACCGGCGGCGCCGCCGAGAUCGAGUGCACCGGGCGGAAAUCGCCGCCCCGCGACACUACACAACCGCCGCCUGCCAAGCGCCGCUGGACAGGCUCAGGCCCAACCCCGACGCCGGCACCGAUACCGGCACCCAAGCACCCUCCCUACGAGCUCUUCUGGACUGGCGCGCCGCGCGCUGGCAUGAAACCACCACCACAACCUGCCCCGACGCCCGCUGCAGCCCCCGCGCCAGCCCCAUACCCCACCCCGCGGCCGACGGCGUCGCCGUCGUCUUCCCCCGCCACGCUGCCUUCCUCCGACCUUCCUUCCUUCGGCGAGGGAUCACACGUCGGCCCAGCACCACCGUCCCCGCCGAGCAUGGCCAACGACGAGGACGCCCCCGUCAUACCCCCCGACCCCGACGACUUACCGCCUCGCUUACCUUGCCGAGGCCACGGCCUACGCGCCACUCGCAAGAUCAAGCGGGGCACCGUGAUCGUCUCAGAGCGCCCGUUCAUCCAGAUCAGGUACCCGAUAAACGACGACGCCGUGAGGGCGGCAUUCAACGCGCUCCCCGACGACGACAAGAUCGAGUUCCUGUCCUUCUCGGCCGUCGCGAAGGAAGGCGAGGAGCUCCUCGUGUUCCAGGACAUCUUUGACACCAACUCGCUGCCGUGCACCGCAACUGAUGAGCGCGACAAGCUCCUGAUGGGCGAGGCGAGCGACGACGAGGCGGAGCACCGGGCCGGCAUGUUCAAAACCAUUUGCCGCACCAACCAUUCCUGUGCGCCGAAUGCGGAAUACCAAUGGGUUGAAGGGCGGAAAGACCUCAUUCUCUACGCUCUCGCCACCAUCCAGGAGGGCGAGGAGAUCACGGCGUCGUAUCUUUGCGUCCUGCGGCAAGAGACCUUACUCCCGCACGCCGAGCGGCGCGCGCUCAUCAAGCAGCGGCUCCUCUUCGACUGCCGGUGCGACGUGUGCUCGCUCAGCCCAGAACAGAUCAAGGAGCUGGACGCGGUGUACACCCACGCGCGGGAGCGGCUGAGACGGUGGGAGCAGCUGUCGAGCCAGGACUAUGUGGCCAACAACGUCGCCGAGACGGAGCGCACGAUCCGCGUGCUCAAAGAGAAGCGCCAGUUCACCUUCCUGAACGACGCGUACGACGCGCUGUUCUACACGCACGCCGUAUGGGGGCGCGAGGCCGAGGCGCGUGACGCCGCGCGGCACGGGCUCGCCGAGCUCAGAGUCAAGCUUGGCGCCGAGGCCAGGGACUGGCCCGUGGCCUCGUGGGCAGAAGACCCGAAAUCACACGAGGACUGGGACCUCGCGAACCGCGAGCCGCCGAGCGUACGUGCGCCGUCGUUGGGCCCACUGACUCAACAUCAGAGCGGCGAAAGCCGCACUCAGGACGACGGCGAGUGGGAGGGGUCCGACGACGAGGAAGACUCGGCCGACGAGCGCAGCCAGCGCGCGAUCCGCAAGCGCCUGCAGGCCAAGGAGCUCAAGGACCGUCAGCGGCAGGAGCGUGCCGCGCGGCGCCGCGGCGGCGGCCGGGCGCAGCAUUAG